GAGCAGACGACACGCAAUUGCCAACAUCGACAUUGACCGGACGGACGACACGACACUGAAGAAAUGGCGUCCAAAGUUAAGCCCGGCCAGCUGUGGAGCAAGUCAAAGGAGGAGUUGAGCACCCAGUUGCAGGAACUGAAAUCGGAGUUGAUCCAGCUGAGGACUAGCAAGGUCGCUGGCGGAGCCUCAACUAAGCUCACCCGCAUUCACGAUGUCAGGAAGGGUAUUGCUCGCGUUCUCACCGUCAUAAACGCCAACCAGCGGGCACAACUCAGACUCUUCUACAAGAACAAGAAGUACACCCCAUUGGACCUCCGACCCAAGACCACCCGCGCUAUGCGACGACGACUCACCAAGCACGAGGCUUCGCUCGUGACAGAGAAGCAAAAGAAGAAACAGAUCCACUUCCCUCAACGAAAGUACGCUGUCAAAGCAUAGACGGGGGUCUUGGUCUUCCUUUUUCUUUUCCUCUGUCUCACGAAGCAUUGCAUUGCCGGGGCUUUUCCAAUCAGCGCUCACCCAAUGUACCCUUAUGCACCCUCCUAAAAUGCCCAAUCAACUCAGUCCCUAGACGGUGGUGGACGAAUGGAUGGGAUCGGAUCGAGCUGGAGGUGGUUGGCGGCUGGCGAUUGUUGGGCAUGGGCGAUCUUCACGGAAAUGGGUUGGCGUCCAUAUUAAGAGAAUAUGAAUCAAAAAGUUCAUAAUUUUG